UAGUGCGGGCAACACCAUAAUCUACGAAAGAAAUAUUGGAACGCUGUUUGUUUGGUUAAACACUUUUCCACGCACGCUGUUUUCUUUUUAAUCAAUUCCACUGGACUAACUUCAAUUUUUGUUGUGUGUUAGUGAAGGCAAGAACAGCUCAGAAAAUGAAGCAUUAAGCAUAGUAUUCCUCUAGUUCACGAAGAAACGCCGCCAACCUACUGCAAAAUAAAGUCAUUUUAAGUCAAUUCAUUUUAAACAGUAUAAACAACACAACGACAAAACGCAAUGAACUACAUCGAUGCAUCUGUUUUUACGGUCGGUUUGCUGUCAAUGUUGACAAAUGGUGUUCUACUUCUUACUCUACUAAAAGAUCCGUUGAAUUACUUCAAUUCGUCGACAACUUAUUUCAUAAUAAGUUUGGCUGUUGCUGAUUUGCUGACCGGCAUGAACGCCUGCGCAAUGGGAUUGGACGAAAUCCUGGCGUUGAACGAAAAUCACAAACUGUAUCUCCUCUGUCUAUUUUGGAUAACGAUUCAAGCCUCGUUCCUCACGUUGUUAGCAAUGUCGUUCGAGCGCUUUCUCAUCGUGAGGUAUCCCAUCUACUGUCGCGUGUGGAUCACGAAGAAGCGUGUGCUUAUGGUGAUUGCGUGUAUUUGGUGCAUAUCAACAAUUCUUGGGGGAUUGGUUAGGCUGCCUCCUCCUUUCAUAGUCUACGUGCAAUUUGCCAUUCUCUGUGAGUUUUUCCUGAGCGUUUUCAUCAUUAUAAUCCUAUACACGUUCAUAAUUUUCGGCAUCCACAACUCGCAGCGGCUAGUUGAAGGUAGCGGACAAUUACAUAAAGGAUCGACCAUUCGAAGAACGUCCUCAUCACGAUAUGCAUCCGGCCUACAAAGAGCAUCCACUUCCAAAAGCGACACGAGCAGCACGAAGACAAACACAACAGCAUUGUUUAGCAAAGAAACAGCUCCGGCGUCGUUACAAAUAACGGAUAACGUGAGCUCCAGUCAAAGCGAAGUAACGGAAAUACUUUUGAAAGAUGAAAAAUACCCAGAUAGCCAGAACAAGAAAGUGGAAAAUGAUAACACGUCUGAGAGCGAUUCAAAGAAAAAGCAAAAAAUUGUUUGGGGUUGUGAUGGAGGAAGCUUCCUACGAAAGAAAGCGGACAAACUUUUCGACAGAAGAAGAAAGAAACGCACAGAAAAAUCAAUAAGUUCUCAACAAGAUAAACUAACAAAUGUUGUGCUACUUCUUGUGGGUAUUCUAGUUUUUACUGUUUUACCCUAUCUAGUAGCAACGCUAGUCUACAUUACAUACACCACGUUCAUGAAACGCGACGUUCCGGAAGGAUUGCUGAAAUUUAUCAAUAAUUUCUUUCCGAUUGAGCUAUUAAAUUUUGCAUUGAAUCCGCUGGUCUACGCAUGGCGGCUUCGUCAAUACAGAAAAUCUUUGAGAUAUUUAUUCACAAAACGAGAAAAGUUAGCACGAAUGUGCUCCUCAACACGCAACAAGAGCAAUAAAAAGAGACUCGGCGAAAAUUCACCCGUUGAAUGUUGAAUAAAGAAAGACCUCAAAUCGUUUCACGGCGUAUCUGUAACUUUAAAGGUGUAAAAAAACCAACUGGUUUUGUUACUGCUGGCUGCGACGAGACUGAAAGCGCGAGUGCAUAUUGAAUAUGUCGACGAAAUACGAAAAGUACUGAAAGGUUGUCUGAUAAAUGCUUACAAUAACAUUAAAUUUUAAGAUGAUCAUUAUAAUAAAUGUUUACUUAUCGUAAUUAUAUAAAUAGCUCAUCAAGUAUAAAUAUAAUAAUUAUUAUAAUUUACUUAGCAAUGAUAUACUAAACGUUUUCAUGCCCGGAUUUCCAUACCAAGAGCUGCAUGGAUUGAACUUUAUUUAAAAUACAUAUAUAUAUAUAUUGAUUUUA